GGGAUGUGGGCGGGCUUGUCGCGGUGACGAGUGUGGUCCGCGCGCACAAGAUGGCGGCGCCCAUGGACAAGGAGAAACCGGACGCCCACCAUUGAGGGGAUGACCUCCAUGAGAAGGUGUGCGGUGGCCUUAGGCCCAUGUGUCUCUGCCUGUCGAAGGCCCCAGUCCACUCCACAGAAAUCCACUGGGAGGAUCAACAAAUGGCAGAGUCCUCCGGACUGUGCAUCGAGGAUCCACAGCAGCGCCCGGACCUCCAAGCGUCCGCCCACGAGCUUCCCCGAGUUGGCAGGCCCGAAGAAGGAGGACGGGGAGGGUGAGGGAGCCCUGGUGUCGUACGAGGACCUGUUUGAGGAGGCCUCGCGCCUCUCCAGGACGCGGGACACCUACGAGCGGGUUCUGCGGGCCUUCUGCAGGCGAGACGUCCGGCGCCGCGGCCACGUGGAGUUCAUCUACAUGGCCCUGCGGAAGAUGCCCCAGUUCGGCGUGGAGAGGGAGCUCCCCGUCUACAACAUGCUCCUAGACGUCUUCCCCAAGGAGGUCUUCGUGCCCCGCAGCUACAUCCAGCGCAUGUUCAACCACUUCCCCAGACAGCAGGAGUGUGCUGUCCAGGUCCUCGAGCAGAUGGAGAACUACGGGAUCCUACCGAACCUGGAAACCAAGGCUCUGUUGAUGCAAAUCUUCGGCGUUAAGAGCCACCCCAUGAGGAAGUUUCAGCGGCUGCUGUACUGGUUCCCCCGGUUUAAGCACGUCAACCCCUUCCCGGUCCCCCAGCCCCUCCCGCCGGACCCCGUGGAGUUGGCCCGGCUCAGCCUCCAGCGUAUCGCCAACGACCUUGGCAGCCGGGUCACCGUCUACCAGGAGCCUCGUUCGUACCUGGGAGCAGACGGCCGGGAGAUCCACCUGUCACACAUCGUAGGGAUCCAAAGCCCUGACCAGCGAGAUCUCCUGGCCCAGCACGAUCACCGGCAUCCCGUGUUCGUCGAGGGCCCGUUCCCCCUCUGGCUCCGCAGGACCUGCGUGCAUUACUACAUUCUCCGCAGCGACCCCCUGCCCCCCGACGCCAAGGCUCCCCGAGAGGUCGACCCCGAGCGCAGCCUCGCCUACCCCCUGCGGAUGGACUUUGACCUGGAGCGUGACCUCGGCGAUGACGAUGAGCUGGACGUCGAUGAAGUUGAUGAAGGUCCUGUCUACGCCAUGUGCCAGGUUGGAUCUGGGGACCAAGCCUCUCUUGCCAAGUGGAUUUCUGGUCUGCAGCGCACCAACCCCAUCCUGGGCUGUACCCCUGUGCUGUUCAGGGUGCAGCCUGGCCCCCAGGAGCUGGAAGAGACAGCAGGAGAGAGGCUGCAGCCCGUGGAAGAGCCUGGUAGACAGCAGAUGCAGCAGUGACACAGCUGCACUCCGGGGCAGAGCUGUGGACCCCCCCCCACCCCCUCUCCAAGGCUGGAGACCAGCCUCCCCACUGUCAGAGGGACACCUCCAUUGAUAGAGAAUGAUUCCGAGAGUCUGGGAAAGAUCAGCAUGGCAGGGAAGUCAUGAUGUGCAGAAGGAUUGAUAGAGGCGACAUCUCUGAUCCCGUUUCUGUCUCUGUCUCUCUCUCUCUCUGUCUCACUCUGUCUCUCUCUCUGUCUCUCUGUCUCACUCUGUCUCUCUCUCUGUCUCUCUGUCUCACUCUCUGUCUCUCUCUGUCUCUCUCUCUGUCUCU